GCGGCGUUUUUCUUUAUUUUUUUAUUUAUUAAGAACCUUUGCAUAUACCUAUAAUGUUGAGAACAUAUUCCAAACAAAAAAAUAUAACAAACAAGUUGAAAAUUUGGACUGAUCAAAGUACAAUAACAUUAAUUAAAAUGUACCAACAAUAUGAUCCUGAUUUAUUGCAAAUCAAUGACCAUUCAAAAAAUCCACAACUAAAAAGGGAUCUUUGGGCAAUCAUUGCCCAAAGGCAUGAAACCACAAUUCCUGAAGUUCAAAACAAAAUCAAAUUAUUGCUAAGUAAAUUUGCAAUCGAACUUAGACGAUACAAUCGAUAUCGACUAUCUGAAAGUUAUUUUCAAAAUAAUCCAUGGAAGUUUUUUCGAAAUUUUAUGUUUUUGUUAGAAAUAGAUGAUUUCGCAAAUGUUUCGACAUUGUCGGAAAGUUGCUUGAUUUUUAUAAAAUGAAAGAAAUUGCUGAACAAAGGCAAAUAGUUUGUCUUAAAAUGUGUGUUGCCAACGGAAUUUCAUUUGCUAAUGCACUGAAAAUGUUAAAAAAGGCUUAUGGAGAGUCAGUUUUAUCAAAAGAACAAGCUUUUGAGUAUUACAAGACAUUUAAUAAGAGCCCAGAUGUUACAGAUGACAAGAUUAAUAUCGGAAAGAAGCCUACAAUUGAUAAACACAUUCCAGAAGUAUUUGAUAGUGAUUCAAAUUCCAUUUCCAAAAUGUUCAGUACCGAAGACAGAUCAAGAACUCCUUCUUCUUCCAGUCAACAAGAUCAAGAAAGUCAAGAUUUUCAAUCAUCUGUAAAUUUCGAUGAAAUUUUUGAGGUGAAUGAAGAUGAAGAGGAACAUGAAGAUAAAUCUCCAGCAAAUAAAAAAAGAAGAUUAAAUGAUUCACACACACCUCUCGAAGACGCUCUAAAAUGUAUAAAAACCUUAUUGGAUGAAAAUGACAAACGUGACGAACAUUCAGUCUAUGGCGAACAUAUAGCUAAUAAGCUACGCAAUUGCAAUCGCAGUAAUUCAGAUAUUGCUAUUGCCCAGCAUCAUAUUGAAAAUAUUGUUUUUAAUUUGUCUAUGGGAGUUUAUCGUGAAGAAGCAGAGAAUUCCAUCGAUAAUAAAACUAAUUUGAUGAUACCGCCUGUUAAUACACGUGAUGUUCCAGAUCCUAUUAUACUUACAGUCCCAGAUCCUGUGAUCAUUCCAAAACCUGAGCCUAGUCCAUAAAAAAAAAUGGAAAAAAUAAAUAUAAAUAAAGUUUUUCGUUAUUCUUGUAA